AUACAAAAACGUUCUCUCACACUUUUUUAAAGUACCAAUUUUGGUCAAUCGCGCCCACCCCGAUCCACUCACCUACCCACUUAAACUACGAUUGCAAACGAACCCAACUAUUUUUUUUUUAUAAUUUUGUUCUUUCUCUUCCCAUCUGCUCUCAUAUUAAAAUCAACCCCAAACCCGUUUCGAUUCUGUGUUUUUCCUUUUUACCCCAUCAAGUCUUUCUCUCUGUUGACGAAGCCAUGGCCUCCCUGAGCUUCGCUAAGUUGAACGCUUCCUCUUCGCAGUGGAUUGCUCACCAAUCCUUCUCUCAGAAGCGUGGGUCGUCUUCCGGUCGACGCCUUUCUGUUUCGAUCCGUGCUGGGGCUUACUCCGAUGAGCUUGUCCAGACCGCGAAAUCAGUUGCAUCACCUGGACGUGGUAUUCUUGCCAUUGAUGAAUCUAAUGCAACAUGUGGAAAGAGGUUAGCAUCCAUUGGCUUGGAAAAUGACGAAACCAACAGACAAGCUUACAGACAGCUUUUGCUGACCACACCUGGCUUGGGAGAGUACAUAUCUGGGGCUAUUCUUUUCGAGGAAACACUCUACCAAUCAACCACAGAUGGAAAGAAAUUUGUUGAUUGCUUACGGGAGGCAAAAAUUAUGCCUGGCAUUAAAGUUGACAAGGGUUUGGUUCCUUUGCCAGGAUCUAACAGUGAAUCUUGGUGUCAAGGCUUAGACGGACUGGCCUCAAGAUCUGCUGAAUAUUAUAAGCAAGGUGCUCGUUUUGCUAAGUGGCGGACAGUUGUUAGCAUUCCUUGUGGUCCUUCCGCUCUGGCUGUUAAGGAAGCUGCUUGGGGCCUUGCACGAUAUGCUGCCAUUUCUCAGGACAAUGGCCUUGUACCUAUUGUAGAACCUGAGAUCCUUCUUGAUGGGGACCAUUCCAUUGACAGGACACUUGAAGUGGCUGAAAAGGUCUGGUCAGAAGUGUUCUUUUAUUUGGCUGAAAACAAUGUUCUGUUUGAAGGAAUCCUUCUAAAGCCUAGUAUGGUAACACCCGGGGCCGAGCACAAGGAGAAGGCCUCUCCUGAAACUAUUGCUAAAUACACAUUAAAGAUGCUCAGGAGAAGAGUUCCUCCUGCAGUUCCUGGAAUCAUGUUUUUGUCUGGAGGACAGUCUGAAGUGGAAGCAACACUGAACCUGAAUGCCAUGAACCAAAGUCCCAACCCCUGGCACGUAUCCUUCUCUUACGCUCGUGCCCUACAGAACACCGUGCUCAAGACAUGGCAAGGACGCCCCGAAAACGUGGAGUCUGCACAAAAAGCACUUCUGGUGCGUGCAAAGGCAAACUCCCUCGCCCAGCUUGGUAAGUACUCUGCUGAGGGUGAAAGUGACGAUGCCAAGGCAGGAAUGUUCGUGAAGGGAUAUACUUACUGAGCUUUGGUAAGUUGUUUUCACAACCGAAACUCAAAUUGAAUGUGUGCUGGGAUUGAAGAAGACAAAUUUUCUCUUUUUCUCUAUAGGUUAAAAACCUUUCCUUUUCUUCCCUUGAUAGAGAGCUUUUUAUAAUAAGACCUGUGAGAAACAAACUCAACUGAGAGAGUAAUUAAAUUGUAUUCUACCUUCUUUUUACAAGUUAAAGUUCUUUAGUAUAUUGUAAGAUUUGGCAAAUCUGGCAAGUUUGAAAAUGUAGUUUUGGAGAUUUAGGCAUUAAUAUAUGCAGUAGGACUCUUAUCCUUCCUGUAAAGUGAGGCCACUUUUGCUGGCAAUAAUUAUGUUUGCCAAAAACAUUUUAAUUGAUUAUGCUGAAGUUUUAUUUGGAAUAAUGGAGAAAAUUAUUGAUAUUGUCUA